GAGAGAUAAAGGAGAGCCUGUGCGGGGAUGCAGUUAAGAUAUGCGCUUGAAUCGUGGAGCCUGAUCAGUCAAUCAUCAAAUUCAGAAGCGCCAAAUACGUGAAAAAAAUAAGAAAAUUAGUGAAAAUGAGGGCGGGAAUAGCGGCAUAUUUUUUCGUCUUUUCGAUCUUCGUCGUUGUUCUAACGGAGUGCGCCGGAGGUUAUAGCUACAGCAGUAGUUCCAGCAGUUCGAACGCGACUAGCAAAUCAGGCAAGUCUCAUGCUCUCAUCGUCGGAGGGCGUGUGCUCGGUGAUCGUUGCGUCUACAAAGAGCAUAUCGUUAAGGAUUCCUCCUGGUUCCGAAUAGUAACCCACGAGCAAGUUUACAACGUCAGUAAAUACGAGAGAAUAACACAAGUCAAGGCGACCGACAGAGCGACCGAUGGAAACGGCGCGCGGGCGAGUCUCCUCGGCGGCGGUCCAGGAUUCAGCAGUGCCAAGCUACGCCUUAAGAGCCAAAGAGGUCACGGCAUCGAUUACGACAUCGAAAUUUACGCCAGACCUUGAGCGUCGUAUCAGCGACGCUCAAGGUGCUUGAAAAAUCAAAUCUUAUCGCAUUGAAUUUAUCGAUUUUUGUCAUCAGUCUAUUUUUAUGCUGUUUUUCAUGAUUUGCUGAAAAUAUAUAUUUACACGAAAAA